AUGAUGGUAUGGCAGGGUGUUAAUCAGGAGGACGCUGCUGGGGCAGAGGCAAGCCUAUCGCUGAGAAGCAGAGGCGUGCAACCUGGCGGGUCGGAGGGACAACUAUCUGGAAUGCAGCAAAUUCUGAACGGCAGCAUUGCCCUCUGGGAUACGGCGAAGGUGGCCAAGCGAUGCCGAUCCGAGAGGAUCUCGGCAGGCAGACAGACAGACCUGGAAUGCGUGUCAGCUUUCGAAAGCCAAUGGUCGUCUUAUCGGUUUAGUAGGGAGCGCAGGUGGGGCCUGGUUUGUGGGUGCAAGCUUACCAAAGGAAAGGCUGGAAUGGAUGUUGGAAAUCACAUCGGCCCAUGUGGCCAGUUAUCAAUCAUCCAGUCUAUCACGGUGAUGUCAGGGCAAAAGAGAAUCAGAGUUGAAUGA